UCCAGCUGUCCCUCAGUCGGUCGGGAUUUCGGAACCACAGGAGAAUCACCGGAAAGGGUUUUGGUGAUAAAACGGCUCACUUUAGGAGAAUAUACCACAUUAUAUGGCCACAUAAACACACAGCGAGCUACUUUAUUCAGUAUUUCACCAUGGAGGCUGAACUAUGAGGUGUUGUGUAGCUGCAGACGACUGAGUGAACCAUGGCACAGUUCCCCACCACAUUCACAGGUCCAGAUGUGUUUCUGAUCUCGGUGGAUGAGAGAGCCAAACAUGAUCAGCAGUUUCACAGCCUCUCUCCGACUGCCGGGGGUUACAUCACAGGUGACCAGGCCAGGAACUUCUUCCUUCAAUCAGGACUGCCCCCUCCUAUCCUGGCCCAAAUCUGGGCUCUGGCUGACAUGAACAGUGAUGGCCGUAUGGAUAUCCACGAGUUCUCUAUUGCCAUGAAACUCAUCAAACUGAAACUCCAGGGUCACCCUCUGCCACCUUCACUUCCUCCUAGUAUGAAACAACCUCCACUGCCUUUACCCCCCCAGACCGGCUUUGGCAUGCCCCCCAUGGCUCCCCUCCCGACUCCCAUCCCAGCUCCUCUGCCAGGCGUGCCCCCGCUCCCCCUGCCCCCUCUCCCCGUCGGGGUGUCUCCCCCUCUGGUCUCGUCUGCCCCGCCUCCCCUCCCCCAGCCCAUCGCCAACGGAGCUCCCCCCACAGGCAUGAUGCAGCCCAUCUCAGGCUUCUCCCACCCAGGAGCUCCAUCUGUCAACAAGUCUUCGUCGUUUAAUCGAUCCAGUGCGAAGUUGCAGAAAGUGUCGUCCUUCGAUGCUGCUAGUAGUCAGCCCCCCUCUGAUUGGGCCGUUCCUCAGUCCUCAAGGCUGAAGUACAGACAGCUUUUUAACUCUCAUGACAAGAUGAUGAGUGGACACCUCACAGGUCCCCAGGCUCGCACAAUCCUGAUGCAGUCUAGUCUUCCUCAAGGCCAGCUGGCCACAAUAUGGAGUCUAUCAGAUAUCGACCAGGAUGGGAAGCUAACAGCUGAGGAGUUUAUCUUGGCCAUGCACCUCAUAGAUAUGGCAAUGUCAGGGUUACCGCUACCCCCUGUGUUACCACCAGAUUACCUCCCACCCACAUUCAGGCGUGUGCGGAGCGACAGUGUUCAGUCGGACCAGAAGAGCGUCCAGGAGGAGAUGGAGGAGGAGACUGAAAGCAGCCAAGAAAAGAAGCUACCAGUGACAUUCGAGGAUAAGAAGAGGGAGAACUUUGAGCGAGGAAACUUGGAGUUGGAGAAGAGACGUCAGGCUCUGCAGGAGCAGCAGAGGAAAGAACAGGAGAGACUGGCUGCACUGGAGAGAGAGGAACAGGAGAGAAAGGAGCGGGAACGUCUGGAGCAGGAGAGGAGACGACAACAGGAAUUAGAAAAACAGCUGGAGAAACAGAGAGAGCUGGAGAGGCUGAGAGAAGAAGAGCGACGCAAAGAGAUAGAGAGAAGAGAGGCUGCUAAGCGUGAGUUAGAGCGCCAGCGUCAGCUGGAGUGGGAGCGUCAACGUCGACAGGAGCUUCUAACUCAAAGAAACAGAGAGCAGGAGAGUAUAGUCCUGCUCAAAGCCAGGAAGAAGACCCUGGAGUUUGAACUGGAGGCCCUGAACGAUAAGAAGACCCAGCUGGAGGGCAAACUGAAGGAUGUUCGGUUUCGUCUGUCAGCUCAGCGGAAAGAGGUGGAGCAGACGAAUCAGACCAGAGAAACGCGCAUUGCUGAAAUCACCCUGCUACAACAGCAGCUGCAGGACUCUCAGCAGUGGCUCGGGAGGCUAAUUCCUGAUAAACAGAGUCUCAACGACCAGUUGAAACAGGUUCAACAGAACAGCCUGCACCGUGACAGUCUGUCGUCCCUGCAGAAGGCUGUGGAGCAGAAGGAGACCAGCAGACAGCAGCUCAGAGAGCAGCUGGAUGCUGUGGAGAGGGAGACGAGGGCCAAACUGCUGGAAAUAGAUGCGUUCAACACCCAGCUAAAGGAGUUGCGGGAGAUCCACAGCCGGCAGCAGAGACAGAAACAGAAGGAGAUGGAGGGAGACACACACACACUGACACACACACACUCUCACAUACACACCCCGAGUGAGAGAAAGUCUGCCGAGCUGCAGGAGAGCAGGUUGUCAUCAGAAGAGAGUGUGGCCUGGAGGGACGAAGCAGUAAGCUCUGCCCCUAAAGCUCCUAGCCCGGUCUCAGUGUCGGCACCUGAUGCCUGGCUAAACAGAGUGACUCAGGAAGAGGAGGAGAGGAAGAAGAGAGGGAUGGAGGAAGAAGAAGAGGGCCGGAAGCGAGCAGGAUCAGUAGAAGAGAAGGAGGAUGAGGGAAGAGGCAAGAAGGACAUGCAAGAUAAAUUAAACAAGCUGUUCAGCCAGCAGGCAGAUCCCUGGGCUUCAUCAGUGGAAAAGGCUCCAGUACCCAGUCUGUUCGACCAGAAGGCAGCAGCCAGCAGCUUCGACCAGCAGCAGCAGCAGCCGGUGAAGGUGGUCUACUACAGGGCUCUCUAUCCGUUUGAUGCUCGCAGCCAUGAUGAGAUCAGUAUCGCUCCCGGAGAUGUAAUCAUGGUGAAGGGGGAAUGGGUGGACGAGUCACAAACAGGUGAACCCGGCUGGCUGGGAGGAGAGCUCAGGGGGAGGACCGGUUGGUUUCCAGCCAAUUACGCAGAACGGAUACCUGACAACGAAGCACCAAUCAGCUUGCGCGCCACAGCCUCAGCGACUCCCACCUCCGCCCAGCAGCCGAUAAGCACGCCUCCUCCAGCACCCGGACACACCUCCUCCUCCACAUCCUCCGCCAACAGUAACUGGGCCGACUUCAGCACCACUUGGCCCUCAAAUACAGCUAGCCAAUCAGACAGCGAGGGGUGGGACGCAUGGCCGACCUCUUCGACCAGUCAGAAUCCAUCGCUCAGUGUUCCAUCGGCGCAGCUACGGCAACGCUCCGCCUUCACACCUGCUACCAUGACAACAGGCUCCUCUCCGUCACCCGUGCUGGGGCAGGGGGAGAAGGUCGAAGGUCUUCAGGCUCAGGCUUUGUAUCCCUGGAGAGCGAAGAAGGACAACCACCUCAACUUCAAUAAAAAUGAGAUAAUCACAGUGUUGGAGCAGCAGGACAUGUGGUGGUUAGGUGAACUGCAGACUGGGCAGAGAGGCUGGUUCCCCAAAAGUUAUGUCAAGCUCAUCUCCGCCACCAUGACGGCCCCUGCCGCUGGUGCCGUCGCAGCACGCAGCAAAAACGCUAGUGAGUCUGGAGUCUCAGAAAGCCCCCCCAAUGGAAAACGACCCUCCCCUUCCCCGACAAAACCCUCUGACUCUGGAGAAGAGUACGUGGCCAUGUACACAUAUGAGAGCAGUGAACAAGGGGACCUGAGUUUUCAGCAAGGUGAUAUCGUCAUGGUGACCAGGAAAGAAGGGGAUUGGUGGACGGGCAUGGUCGCGGGCAAGACCGGAGUCUUCCCGUCCAAUUAUGUCAAACCUCGAGACUCAUCUUCAGACUCACUGGGAUCAGCAGGGAAGACAGGCAGCCUGGGAAAGAAACCAGAGAUUGCUCAGGUGAUCGCCCCCUACAGUGCUACAGGAGCAGAGCAGCUGACGUUAGCUCCCGGACAGCUCAUCCUCAUCAGGAAAAAGAACCCAGGGGGCUGGUGGGAGGGGGAGCUCCAGGCUCGGGGCAAAAAACGCCAGAUAGGUUGGUUUCCAGCAAACUACGUGAAGCUGCUCAGUCCCAGCACCAGCAAGACGACGCCCACCGAGCCCACGCCUCCUAAACUGGCCCCUGCGAGCACAGCUCUGUGUCAGGUGAUCGGCAUGUACGACUACGUGGCCCAGAACGAUGACGAGUUGGCCUUCCAGAAGGGUCAGGUGAUCACAGUGCUCAACAAGGACGACUGUGAUUGGUGGAAAGGCGAGCUCAACGGGAGGGAGGGUCUGUUUCCCAGCAACUACGUCAAACUCACCACGGACACUGACCCGAGCACGCAGUGGUGUGCUGACCUCCAUCUGCUGGACAUGCUGAGUCCCAUGGAGAGGAAGAGGCAGGGAUACAUCCACGAGCUCAUCGUCACCGAGGAGAACUACGUCAACGACCUGCAGCUCGUCACAGAGAUUUUCCACAAACCUCUGCUGGAGUGCGAGCUGCUGACGGAGAAGGAGGUGGCCAUGAUCUUCGUCAACUGGAAGGAGCUCAUCAUGUGCAACAUCAAACUGCUCAAGGCUCUGCGAGUGAGGAAGAAGAUGUCAGGAGAUCGGAUGCCGGUGAAGAUGAUUGGUGACAUCCUGACCAACCAGCUGCCUCACAUGCAGCCCUACAUCAGGUUCUGUUCGUGUCAGCUCAACGGAGCCACGCUGAUUCAGCAGAAAACCGACGACAAUCCUGAGAUCAAAGAUUUCCUCAAGAGGUUGGCCAUGGACCCCAGGUGUAAGGGAAUGCCUCUGUCCAGUUUCCUGCUCAAACCCAUGCAGAGAGUCACACGCUACCCGCUCAUCAUCAAGAAUACCUUAGAAAAUACUCCAGAGUCACAUCCAGACCACAGCCACCUGAAAGCUGCCCUGGAGAAAGCAGAGGAGCUGUGUUCACAGGUGAACGAGGGCGUGAGGGAGAAGGAAAACUCGGAUCGUCUGGAGUGGAUUCAGGCUCAUGUUCAGUGUGAAGGCCUGUCUGAGCAACUGGUGUUUAACUCUGUCACCAACUGUCUGGGUCCCAGGAAGUUCCUCCACAGCGGGAAACUAUUUAAAGCCAAGAGCAGCAAAGAGCUCUACGGCUUCCUGUUCAAUGACUUCCUGCUGCUGACGCAGGUGACCAAACCUCUGGGCUCGUCUGGCUCGGACAAAGUCUUCUCCUCGAAAACACACCUGCAGUACCGCAUGUACAAGACGCCAAUCUUCCUAAAUGAAGUGUUAGUGAAGCUGCCAACGGACCCGUCAGGAGAUGAGCCUCUCUUCCACAUCUCUCACAUAGACAGAGUUUACACACUCAGAGCCGAGAGCAUCAACGAAAGGACGGCGUGGGUUCAGAAAAUUAAGGCGGCUUCAGAGCUCUUCAUUGAGACAGAGAAGAAGAAGAGAGAGAAGGCGUAUCUAGUUCGUUCUCAGAGGGCCACAGGUAUCGGUCGACUGAUGGUCAACAUCGUGGAGGGAAUCGAGCUGAAACCCUGUCGCUCUCAUGGAAAAAGUAACCCAUACUGUGAGGUGACCAUGGGUUCCCAGUGCCAUAUCACAAAAACAUUACAGGACACGUUGAAUCCUAAGUGGAACUCCAACUGUCAGUUUUUUAUAAAGGACCUGGAACAGGACGUCCUCUGUGUCACUGUGUUCGAGCGAGACCAGUUCUCACCUGACGACUUCCUGGGCAGGACAGAGAUCCGGUUGGCUGAAAUAAAGAAGGACCAGGGCUCCAAAGGACCAAUCACGAAGCGGUUGCUGCUCCAUGAGGUUCCCACAGGAGAGAUUGUUGUCAGGCUGGACCUCCAGCUGUUUGAAGAACCAUAAAAACCAGAACAGGACCGAACUGGACCGGACUGAAAAGGAACUACGAGAACCUGACAGCUUGGCUGGAUCAGACUGGACUGGUCUGGAUUCUCGUAGUUUGGUCUGUUUCAGUUUCUUAGUGCUUAAAGGCUGUUAGGAGGGCGGUGUGUUCAGAUG